AUGUUUGCGGUAAAGUGGAUGCAAAGGAGCAAAAAAGGCUCUGUUUCCAAGCCGGGUGAUGCGGAACUACGGAUUAAUAGUGAUUUUAUUCGCCCCAAUAACCCAGUUUGCACGCCUACACUGAAAUCUUUCGACUCAGCCAUUUUGAAAGAAAUAAUAAGUGAAAUUGAUGCAAAUUACUUCUCUUUGGGUAUUAAUUGUAGUGAGUAUGAAAUACAGCAUAAUCUUGCUCAUAAUUACCGUGAUCAGAAGGCAAUAAUGGAUCGGGUCGAAGUGCUGGAGAGGCAAAACGAUGCGGUCUGCCGUCAGUUAUCAAGUUUAAUUCUGGAGAAGCAGCCUCAAUAUCAAAGAGAAUUGAAAAACGUCAUUCUUCUACAAGAAGUAAAUUGUGCUGCAUAUGAAGAGUGCAUCGAGACACGAAGAUCUUUGGAAUCCGUCCUGAAGAGUGUCGUUGAACCUCGAGCUAUCGUGAUCCGUAAUUAUAGGCGGCGUCUUCGACUGAAGCGUGUGUUGGAAACACUCACACGUAUUCAGGCGCUGCAGAAUAGUGUUAUCACUCUAAACAAAUUGAUUCAGGAGCAUAAGUUUUGCGAGGCAAUUUCAUUGCAUCGAAAGAGCUGUCAAACAACGGAGGAUUUCAAACCCUAUACCUGUGUUGAUUUGUUGCAACAGUCCCUGCGUGCUGUCAAUCACAAAAUUGACGACGCUCUUGACGAAAUUCUUGCUGAAAGCUGCGAAAACUUUGAUCCAUGUCAGUAUGAAGCUCUUCAAAAGGCGUUUGAACGUUUGGGAAGCACGAUGACGACGAUGGCUCAACUACAGCUUCACUACACAACGAAAAUACAUGAAAGGGCUGCGGUUGUUCUAACCAGAUUUUGUGGAGCAAAUUCUACGGAGGACGCCAAAUAUGUCGCAGAAUAUGAGAAACUGUGUGCUACCCUUCCAGCCACGACAUUGGUACCAGCGCUCUCUGGUCUCUGCAAAUCUCUUUGGACCAUCAUAGUUUGCUAUCACCGCACCGCAUUGUGGCACGAAAACGCGUCUCACCGCAAUCAGAAUGGCGACCAGGAUGCUGAAAUCGACGAUGAAGGAGAAGAAGUUAUCCACGCACCCGAAUUAGUCUGUCAGUGGCAUGGUUAUGUGGCCUCCAAGUUGGGACUGAAUCGGGGUCGCGUGUGGAUGGAUUUGGUGUCCCGAGUUAGACCCCUGCUCAGCAGCAUAGCCACCAACUCGAAACAACUCACAUUCGAGGAGAUUGUAGCCACAUUAAACAUUGUAAACAGGUGUGUUGUUCGAUGA